AUGGCAUCAACAACAAAAUUACAUAUACAACUACAGACAAUGGUUCAAAUUUUAUUUAAAAGUUUUAAGUAAGUAAUAAUUAAACCGGUUUAGGUAAUUUAUAUAGUACCUAGGUAGUUGAUACUAGGUAUACUUUAUGUUAUAUACUCAUAUUCAGCUUAGUACAUUAUGAUGUGAGUUAUUUAUACUAGGCGCAAAACAUCAAAUGCAACUCAAAUCACAUUAAAAUGAUAAAAUAUUCAACUUAAUUACUUAAACAUGAUUUUUAAGUUUUUAUAAAAUGUAGCUGGUAAUAAAUACUUAUCAUAAGUCAAUUUUUUUUAUUGAUUAUAAUAUGUUAAGUUUAUAUUUGUAUAUAUGUAUACAUUGUGUACAUUUUAGUAUUCUUAGGCUAUUAAAAUGUAGUUUAUAAUUUUAAAUAAUUCUUUUGUCAAAUAUAAGUAGUACCUACUUAAAUUAUACAUCAAUAAUAUUAUUUAAUAAUUUUAGAAUUUUCAGAAGAGUAAAUAUUGGCAACAACCACAGUGAUACUAUAUCUAAUAUUGAGAUUGAAGAAAAAACAGAUGCCAAAAUAGUAAACAUACUGAUAUCCUGGAUAAAAAUAUUCGUUUUGAUUACUUUAAUUAAUGUUUACCGAAGCAUCAUAGAUGUGCUGCUCACACAUUGAAUUAAGUUGUGACUAAUGUAAAUAUUUAAAAUACCAUUUAAUUUAAAAUGUUAUAAAAAUAAUUCAUCAAUUAAUUAGUAUAGUAAUAUGUAAUUGAUUUAAUAACUAAUAAUAUUUAUUUCAGGAUAUUGAAAAUGCAAUAGUCAAGCUCAAUUGUGGCAUAGGAAGUGAAACUUUUAAAUCACCAGACUUAUUGCUUUUCAAAAAACAAAGAAUACAGACUAUAGCCAAAUGUACAGUUUUAUGGAACAAAUAA